UCUCAUCAUCACAACAUCGUAUUUUAAUCACUCUCCCAUCCACUACUAUUAAUUAAUAACUACUAACAACAAUGUCAACCAGUAUUAUUCUCCUAAUUGUUGCUUGUGCACUUGUAUUGUCCACAAAUGCAAGGAUCCUUAAUUCCAUGAAAGGAGAAGAUGAAGAAAAGAUCCUUUUUCCCCACCCUUUAUCACCAUUUCUUGGUGGUCACGGGCUUGGCAGGCCUGGAUUUGGUGCAGGGCCGGGUUUAGGAUUCGGUCCUUUUGGAGGAAUAUCGGGGGAAAGUGGCCUAGGUGGUGGUGGAAUGGGUUUCGGAGCUGGAACUGGAACUGAAAUUGGAAGUGGGUCGGGUUUUGGAUCAAACAUUGGAUCAGGUUUCGGGUCAAACAUUGGCGGUGGAGGAGGUUUCGGGUCGGGAAUGGGAAAUGGAGGUUUCGGUUUGGGAAUGGGCAAUGGAGGUUUUGGUUUUAGUGGUGACAAUAAUGGAGGUAAUAGUCCUAAUGGUGAUGGUGAAUUCGCUGGUGGUCAAGCUGAAGGAGUUGAUGCAGCUCUUGGAAAGCAAAAACCUUGAAUUCUUCACAUGAUAUGAUAUUCUAUCAUGUUACUAGUAGUAUUAUUUACUAGAUUCCACCAAAUAAUAGUAACUUUAUGUUGCACUAGUUACCAAUUAACUAUAGGAGAAUUACUUUUCUUUCAAGUGAAUUAUCGUUUGCAUGUUUUAGUAAUUCUUAUAAAUGAGUCAAAUUUAUUGUUUGUCUGAUUAUGCAAGUUAAUGACACUUCUAUUUCUUUUUUUA